ACUAUAAUGCCACUUUACUAUUCUGUCAAUAAAUUGAAAAAUUUUGUCAAGUCAAAAACAUGUUUAUAACAAUUUAAUAAUGUUGUAUAAGUACUAAGAAAUGAGAAUAACAGUAUUUACCAUUGGAAUUUUUAUAUCCAUGAUAUUGCUUGCAAUCUUUAUCACUUAUGUCAUUAAUUUGUUAAGUACUUCAUCAGGGGCUUCUGAAGAUUAUAAUAAAACUAAUAUUAAUAUAACAGACUCCCCCGAUCAUUUAUUAUGGUUUUUACAAGUAUCUGAUAUCCAUAUUAGCAUAUUCAAAGACCCCAAUAGAAUCACAGAAUUUAAAGAAUUCUGUGAUUUGACUGUAGGUGCAAUAAAACCAAGUGUGGUUUUAGCAUCAGGAGACUUAACUGAUGCUAAAACUAAAGAUGGUAUUGGAUCAGAACAAUUUGAAGCAGAAUGGAGAUAUUAUAGGGAUAUUUUAAAAGAAACCCGAAUAAAAGACAAGACUCUGUGGUUAGAUAUUAGGGGAAACCAUGAUAACUUUAACGUAGCAGAUUUGUCCUCCAAGCAGAACUUCUUCACGAAUUACUCAAUCCAAGGCAAACUACAUCCCAAAUCGUACAUGUAUCAAAUUAAGAAACGAAAUGUUCUAUACACAUUUAUGGGAAUUGAUGCUUGUCUUGAACCAGGACCAAAAAGGCCAUUUAAUUUUAUUGGAAUGUUGGACGAUGUUGAAAUAAAUGAAAUAAAUAGUCUAAUUGACAAGACCGAACUAGGGCCUAAUAAUUAUACUGUAUUUUUCGGCCAUUUUCCUACAUCUUGUAUCGUAACAACAUCAAAUGAUAAAGUUAGGGAUAUACUAGGAAGACACAAACAGGGUAUAGUUUAUGUAUGUGGUCAUUUACAUAAAUUAGGAGGAUUGAUACCUAAAAUGUACACAUUGCAAAAAGCUGGUUUUUUGGAAUUAGAAUUGGGAGAUUGGAUGGAUAAUAGAGUUUAUAGGUUGAUGGCGAUUGACCAUGGGUUUUUCUCUUUUAAAGAUAUACAACAUAGAGAUUGGCCAGUUUUUUUAGUAACCAAUCCCAAAGAAGCACUUUUCAUUAAUCCGAGCAAAGAAAAUUUAGAAGCUAUUAGAAAUUCAACUCAUAUCAGAAUUUUAGCAUUUUCUUUAUCGAUGAUAGAUUUUGUUAAAGUGAAAAUAAACGAUGGGGAAUGGAUUAAUUGUAAACGAAUAAAAGGUCCACUAUUCGCUGCUCCAUGGAAUCCGAAAAAUUAUCUUCGAGGUUUCCAUAAUAUAGAGGUGUAUGUCAAAGACAUUGAUGGUCGUAUCAAAUCAGAUAAUCAAAUAUUUGCUCUUGAUGGUACGCCUCUGUCGUUUGGAAUACUAUCAAAACUUGCUUUGAUGACUGAUGCAACGUUAAUUUUCAAAGUUUUCUUCUUUGGUACCCUCAUUUUGACAACAGUACCAGCAUUCGCAAUCAGAUAUGUCCAUCUUUUGGUAGCGGAUGGUAAAUUAGUCAAACCGAAAAUCAGGAAAUCUUUAUGCUUUUCUUGGUUCAGAAAAUUUUGGAUUAUGUCCACGGUCGACAGAAUAUUCUGGCCUAUUGUUAUUUACCCCAUUUAUCUUGCAAUCGGUCCUUGGACGGUUGGGUAUUUAGUGGAAAAUCACGUUGGUACAAUAUUUGCAUGGGGUAUAUUUGUACAUGGUGCCUUUUUACCAGGAGCAUUUACAUAUGCUUAUGGAUUUCUACAGCUUGUAUCAUUUCACAUUCCGCUUUUAUUCGUAACGGCCAAUACAGUUUACUUUAGGUUUCAAGAAGUAACAAAAAAAAUUGGUAAAAAGCAAUCGAUAAAAAAACUGAUAUGUCGACACUUACCGUUUUCUGUAAUAUUCUUAAUGCAGGUGAUAAUGGCUUAUCUAUUUUGGUUAGCUUAUGGUUCAUUGGCGUUCUUAUUAGGUCCUUUAAGGACUUGGUCCUUAGUGUUAGCUGGAAUUUUGUAUUACCAAUCUUUGCGUCUUCCAGAAAAAUGUAUCAGGAGAGCUGCAGAAGUUUGGUAUGUGCCAUCAAAUAUAAACAUAACUGAAAGUAGCAUAGAACUCUCUACAAUACAAAAAACAAAUUAACUACGUAUCUGCGAUAAAAUAAUUACGACUGAUUCUAGUUAAUUGUAGUGUGAUUUCAAACCCUCUCCUCAGUAUGUGAUGUAGUUUCAAAGAUAUUUAUUUUUACGUGUAAAUAAAAUGUAAAAGUAUCAA